GGGUUCUUAAUGAUUUUAAUCUUUUAUAUUUUUAUAAUUUUAUUGCUAUAAUUUUAUGUAUUUUUGAAUUGUUGUUUGAUUUUUCAAUGCUGAAAUAUUUAAUAUUGUAUUUGUAAUUGUUAAAUUGUAGUUAUUCACUUAUUUUAUUUAAGUUUUCAAUUAUUGAAUUAUCAAUUAUGCCUCCUAAAAUCAGGAAACAUAAAUCUGGUUCUGAAAAACGUAAAUGGAAAAAAAGAAUGGAAGAGUUAGAUUUGUCUCUAAGAGGAUCUCUGGAUAAGUUUGUUGUAAGGGAACCACCUGUAGAGAAUGAAAAUAAUAUUGGUGGACCUAGUGGUAUAGAGCAGCAGAAUGUAGAAACUUUAAAUGAAAAUGAUAAUUGUGCUAAUGGAAAUGAUGGUGAUGAUGUGCUUUUAAACGAAAACCAUAGUGUUGGUGGAGAUGAAAAUAAUGAAUCUGAUCAUAAUCAUCCUAUCGACAAUGAAAUGGACCUUGAAAAUGAAAAUAAUGAUGGUGGGAAUAAUGUGGAUGAUAAUGUGAGGCAAGAAAACAAUGCAAACCAAUCUGAAUUUUUUUACACAGUAGAUAUAUUUGAUCCGAGAAAUUGGGAUGGCCUUGAUUCUAAAAUGAUUGAUAUUUUGGCAGUCAAAGGUCCUAAAAGAGAUUUGUCCUUUGAUAAAGGUCCCAAAGAUAGAUUAUCUAAGCGAUUUUCUGCAACUUUAUACUAUAGAGUCUUAUCUAAUGGAGAGAAAUGCGAUAGAGAGUGGCUUGUUUAUUCGAAAGAGCUUGAUAAAUGUUUUUGUUUUUGUUGCAAAUUGUUUAAAAAAGGUUAUGGAAGAAGUCAAUUAACUAAUGAAGGUUUUGGGGAUUGGACACAUGUUAGUAUAAGACUAAAAGAGCAUGAAACAAGUCCUGAGCAUUUUAAGAACAUGGGAAUUUGGUAUGAUUUGCGUCUGAGGUUGCAAAAGAAUGAGACUAUUGAUAAAGUCGCUCAAAAACAACUUAAUAAAGAAAAAGAACAUUGGAAAAAAGUUAUACAAAGAAUCAUUGCAAUUACAAAAUUUCUGGCAAAAUAUAAUUUAGCAUUUCGUGGUACAAAUGAGCGACUAUAUCAAAGUAAUAAUGGAAUUUUCUUGGGAUUUGUUGAAACGUUGGCAGAAUUUGAUCCUGUUAUCCAAGAGCAUGUUCGGCGUAUUACUAACGAUGAAAUCCAUGUUCAUUAUCUUGGCCAUAACAUCCAAAAUGAGUUAAUACGUUUGCUUGGUUCUGCAAUCAAAUCUGAAAUUAUCAAGAAAGUUAAACAAGCAAAGUAUUUCUCUGUUAUUCUUGAUUGUACUCCUGAUAUUAGCCACCAAGAGCAAAUGUCUUUAAUAAUAAGAUAUGUUGAUGUUUUUUCAAAACCCAUGAUUAUUGAAGAGUCUUUUUUAGGAUUCCUAAUUGUGAAUGACACAAGUGGUCAAGGGCUUUUUGAUGUUUUACAAAAAGAGUUGAAAGAUCUUGGUCUUGACAUAGAUAAUGUGCGUGGACAAGGUUAUGAUAAUGGAGCUAAUAUGAAAGGAAAACAUCAAGGAGUACAAAAGAGACUUUUAGAUAUAAAUCCUAGAGCUUUUUAUACUCCUUGCGGUUGCCAUAGUCUAAACUUGUUGCUAUGUGAUAUGGCUAAUACUUGUGGUAAAGCUAGGGAUUUUUUUGGGAUCAUUCAACGAAUUUAUACGAUAUUUGCAAAUUCCACAAAAAGGUGGAAAAUUUUGAAAGAUAAUGUUAAAGGAUUGACUCCUAAGUCUUUAUCAUCCACUCGUUGGGAAAGUCGUGUUGAUAGUGUUAAAGCCAUUAGAUUUCAAAUGAUUGAUAUACGUGAAGCUUUACUCCAAGUAGCAGAAGAAACCACUGAUUAUGAUAACAAAGGAUUGAGUGAAGCUAAAUCUUUAGCAGAAAAUGAGCUUUGUGAUUUUGAGUUUUUGGUAGCAAUAGUUAUUUGGUAUGAAAUACUAUAUGCUGUUAACUUGGUUAGUAAAAAUUUACAAUCGGAUGAUAUGCUACUUGAUGUUGCUAUUGAAAAAAUAAAGGGCUUGGCUUCUUUUUUUGAGAAAUAUAGAGAAACGGGUUUUAAUGAUGCCCUUAACACUGCCAAGGAGAUUGCUCUUGAGAUGAAUGUUGAUCCUGUUUUUCCUCAAAAACGUGAAAUUCGUAGAAAACGUUUUUUUGAUGAGAAUCCAGAUGAUGCACCAUCUGUUUCACAAUCUGCAGAGGAGUCAUUUAGAGUAAAUUAUUUCUUAUUCAUUAUUGAUCAAGCCAUUGUUUCUCUUAAGAGGAGAUUUGAGCAAUUUCAAGAAUAUGAAAAUCUAUUUGGCUUUCUAUUUACUUCUUAUAAGUUGCAGUCACUUGAUGAUGAAAGUUUGAAGUCAUGUUGUGCUAACUUUGUAAUUGCACUUGAGGAUAAUAGUGGGCAAUCUGAUAUUAAUGGGGACGAACUGUAUGUCGAGUUAAGGUUACUUAGAGAAUUUUUGCCUCGACAAAACAUGGGACCAUUAGAUAUCUUAAUGUUCUUGAAAGGUCAUGAUUUUUUUCCUAACACAUUUGUUGCAUACAGAAUUUUGUUGACUGUACCUGUCACCGUUGCAUCGGCCGAGAGAAGUUUUUCCAAAUUGAAGUUGUUGAAGUCAUAUAUGCGAUCUACGAUGACACAAGAAAGACUCAAUGGAUUGGCGAUGAUGGCAAUUGAGAACGAUAUUUUGGAAACAAUUGAUUAUGAAGAUAUAAUUGAUGAUUUUGCUUCAAAGAAUGUUAGGCGAAUGUAUUCUGGUUUAGUUUUUGGUCUUGGUCUCUGGUUUGCUCAGGCCAAUCUGUUGUUGUUGUGCCUCUUGUUCAGUGUUCCUGUUGUGCAGGCUGCCACUCUGCCAGGCUUACUGCAGACCAGUGUCUGCUCAUCUGCUGCUUGCACUGCUCAUCUGCUGCCUGACUGUGCUGACUGCCUGCUCUUUGCUCUGCUGAUUGCUUGGUCUGCAAUGCUGCUUGCUCGGCUAACUGUUGAGUGUUUGCUUUGUUUGUGCUGCUGCGGGCUCUACAACUCAACUGCUGUGAUGCGUGCUCUACUGCAGUACUGUUGUGCUGCGUGUGCUGCGUGUGCUGAGGAGUUGAAAUUCGCAAACCGUCUUCAACCUGCUUCCCGAUGCUGCAAAGAGAUUGCUGAUUUUGUCGCAGCAAAUGCAGAUCCAUUGGUUCCAACAAAUCGAAAAGUUGGCAAGUCUUGCCAUCUAUGGAAGUGGCUCUGUUGGUUUAAGAUCAUGGGAAAUCUAUUAGCCUUGUUCUCUUCACCUGAUGUGACUGCAGCUCGUGCAUCACCUGUUCGUUACCAAAGUGGUGCUGUUCGUGCAGCAAUCCUUGCUCCUGCCUCUGUGCCAAGAACCCAUGCCGUGGUUGCUUCAGUUGCGGAAGCUGCACAAACUGCUGCAGUUGUGGUAAGUGCACAAACUGCUGCAGUUGUGGUAAGUGCACAAACUGCUGCAGUUGCGGAAGCUGCAAAAAUUGCUGCAGUUGCGGAAGCUGCACGAACUGCUGCAGUUGUAGUGGAAAUAGUUGCAGUUGUUUGA